GCUGCGGCUUCGCGCAGCCGCCCGCCCGCGGGAUCUCACAGCCGUCCGCCCCGGAGAGGACCGACUGCCCAGAGCGCGGGUCCCGGGGCUCCCUGGGCGCGGCCGUUCCCGGGGAGCCCCCCGACUGCCUCUCUGAGCAGGGUGGGGAAGGGGAUCCUAGCCCGCCGCCGCCUCCGAGCAGGCCGCCAGGACUCUGGCGGCCGGAGAUGGGCGCCCGGCUUUCGCGGCGGCGGCUGCCCGCGGACCCGCCCAUAGCCUUGGACGCGCUGCCGCCGGAGCUGCUCGUGGAGGUGCUGAGCCACGUGCCACCGCGAGCGUUAGUGACGCGCUGCCGCCCAGUGUGCCGCGCCUGGCGCGACGUGGUGGACGGGCCCACCGUGUGGCUGCUGCAGCUGGCCCGCGACCGCAGCGCGGAGGGCCGCGCUCUUUACGCGGUGGCCCAGCGCUGCCCGCCCAACAGCGAGGACGAGGAAGAGUUGCCGCUCUGUGCCCUGGCGCGCUACUGCCUGAGAGCGCCCCUCGGCCGCAACCUCAUCUUCAACUCCUGCGGAGAGCAGGGCUUCAGAGGCUGGGAGGUGGAGCACGGCGGGAAUGGCUGGGCUGUGGAAAAGAACCUAAUACUGGUGCCGGGCGCUCCUUCCCAGACCUGCUUCGUGACUUCUUUCGAUAACCUCAUAGUUUUAUCUUUUACAUUUAGAUCUUUAAUCCACCUUGAAUGUGAUGUUCGCUUCCCAUUGACUGACCCAACAGGAAGUAGAGGAUGGUGCUUCAAGAGGCAGCUUGUGGAUUUGGUGAUGGAGGGUGUGUGGCAGGAGCUGCUCGACAGCUCCCAGAUCGAGAUCUGUGUGGCCGACUGGUGGGGUGCCCGGGAGAACUGCGGCUGCAUCUACCGGCUCCGGGUCCGCCUCCUGGACAUGUACGAAAACGAAGUGGUCAAGUUCUCGGCAUCACCCAACCCGGUCCUUCAGUGGACUGAAAGAGGCUGCCGACAGCGUCACAGUCUAGACUCAGCUUCGCCAGGAUACGAUCUUUUGGCUGCUUUCUUCACGGCUAUAUCCCCAGCGCCUGGAGCAGGGCCAGGUCUCCCACGUCUUUACCAACUUUGGCAAGGGCAUCCGCUAUGUGUCUUUUGAGCAGUAUGGAAGAGACACGCGUUCCUGGGUGGGGCACUAUGGUGCCCUCGUGACCCACUCCAGCGUGAGGGUCAGGAUCCGCCUGUCCUAGCUAACCAGCCUGAUCCAGCCUUCCGGGACAGACCGCCAUCUGCCAGACACCAUCGUCAAUCAAGGUCGGCUCUGCAGCCACGAGCCGGAGGAUGCCCGAGGACAGUGGGGGUCCCGUGUAGCCUGUUCCCGGAAUGUUUCCAGUGAACCCCACUUGCUGCUGCUUCAGCGUGGUGGCCCCCAUGCUAUUCGAGAAACCAGGGAUCCAACCAGGCUGGUCACUUGCCUCCCCAGCUUCCCAGGGGGAGUGUCAGAGAGUAACUCAGAGACCUGUACGUUACUUGCAAAUUUUUUUCUCACGUGUGGAUAUCAGUUGACAGACUGAGUCAGAAAACAAAGGCCAAACCAGGAUUUCAGACAGAGGAAAGCUGCGGGCAGUCGUGGACAAGGACUCUUCUCAGCAUGCUUUGGGGCAAGGAGAUUGCUGGCAGGGAGCAGAGGUCCUUGAGGGGACCAGCAGCAGCCUCAAAGUGAACUCUUCCUGUUGUUUUGGGGAGUCUCUGGGAUUUGGCAGCGGGCCUGUGCAACCGCCUCCAGCACCACGCCCAUGAGCACCUCCCCUCUGGGCCAGGUGCCAUUUCUUUCAGAAUUUCUGAGGCCAGUUCUGUGCUGACCCCCAAACUGUAUCCUCCACCCCCACCUCCUGCCCCUACCUCGGGGGCAGCUCGCCUCCUGUCAGGCGACAGCCUCCUUUUCUCCACACUUGAGCCCGCUUGGAGAUGGACCCCGGGAGCAAGGCAUGCUGUGAAGGAAAGCUCUCCUUUCCCCAACUGAGCGCAGCCAACAAGCUCGCUCAAUAAACUCGGUGCUAAGCAUGA